AUGAUCUAGACCAUAUCCAAUUAUUUGAAUGAGCAAAUGUGCCAAUCUUAGAUAAUAGACAAGUUAAUGACAAAGUAAAAUGAGUCGCUAAUGGAUGCAGUAAAUUUCUAAUCUGAGUUACCUAGAAAAAGUAAGGCAAAUGACUAAGAUAUCAGUAUAUCUCAGUCUAUAUUGUCCUUUAUAAACAAUGAAGAGUUGAUACUGACUCAGCAUGGCUCAAAUAGAUCAGAUAAUGCGGUAAAAGAAAUGAGAUAAUCAAUAGCCCCAGGCUAGGAUAAAAAGCCUGAUGAUUUUGAGUCAUUUGUAAGACAGUAAAAAAGUGCUGUUAGAUUUUAAGAUUUAAAUCAUACUCCUAUAUCAACUGCUAUAAUUAAGGAUUUUACUCCAAGUAUUAAUGAUUAUGAACCUAACACUCUACAGGUACAGGUCUUGUCUAAUAAAGGUAGCUUUAAAGAUCAAAUACUUUAAGAAUUAAGUACUAAUGAUGACAGUACUAAGAACUGUGAUUUAGUUUCAAAGCUGGACCUACCGUAAUAAAGUGAUGAUUUAAUAGUAAACAACAACAAUGUUAAUUAAAACUUGUAAAACUUUAAAAGUGAUUGUACUAUCCCCACAGUAGACUCCAUUAACAUUAAAUCUUUACUCUAUAGUCCUCCAUAGCCUUAACUAAUCAAGCAAGACUCUUAAAAGUAGUUAGCUAUAAGUAGAAAUUUAUUUAUAACCAACUAAGUUCAAACAGCUUUUUAAAAACUUCACUCGCCAAUUAGACUUUUCAGUAAUGAGAACUUGGUGAGUCAGAACAAUUUAUUCAAGCAAGGUUAGAUUUUACAAGGUCUUUUGUAUAAAAAUAGCGUGAGUUCACAGUAACAUAACAAGUCAGGUAUCGAUUUAGAGAUUGGCUAUUAAAGCAAGUAAAGCAAUGACGGCAAGCAGAAUGAAAUUAUUUCUAAUGAUCCAACUUAUAGCACCAACGGGGAGAGAUGCCGAAGUAAAAAUUUAAUAAGAAAUGAGAGUAGCUAAAGAAUGAAGUAUCGAGUCUAUAAUUAGAGCCAGAGUAGAGAUCAACGCAUAAAGAGCUCUUAAUUAAUAAAAGAAGGUAGACUUGAUGAGGCUAUGGAUGAAGUCAAUUAGAUCAUUCAAAGCGAAGCUAAUAGUGGCACUAAUAGUGCGAAUGUAACAAAUAAUUCUAUGGUGAGGUAAAUUGAGUCAGCUUAGGCUUUUUACUUGAGAGGCUAGAUUCAUGAGAAAAAGGGAGACUAUUAAUAAGCCAUAACAGACUUUAAAUUAGCACUUUAGCAUAAUCCUUAGCAUGUUAAUGCUGCCUUCUCAAAAGCAGUAUGUGAAAAUAAAAUAGGCAAUUUCGAGGAUGCUAUAAAUACCUAUCACGAAGCCUUUGCAAUGGAGAAUGACUAAAACUUAAAGCAACUUACUAACAACAUGAGUUAUUACCUUUAAUCAAGCAACCUAAAAAACACUAAAUCCAAUGUUAGCUCAAUAAGUAAUGAAAGCUAAAGCCAAGAAAAGCAUUUCAAAAAGCUAAACGCUGUAAAAAGCACUGAAAAACUUACUAACAACCAAUAUGAGACACUUAUAGUAAACAGACAGUCACCAAGAAAUCAGAUAAUAUAUGCUUCAAGAAUAGAAACUCUGAGUCCAAAGUCUUAAAGCGAGGAAACUGUAUUCUAGUAUAACUGUUCAAAUCAUAAUAACUUCAAGACAGAAGGUGAUGAACUGAGAAUAGUAUAGAAUAGGACAAUAAUAUCUCAGCAGACAAAUCAAAGUUCAGAUCAGUUCUCCAAAUUCGGGAAAGUUCAGAUCAACUUGGACGAUAUCAAAAAGAUAGGGAAAGAUAGCUUAAAGACUACGCCCUUGAUUAUGAGAGAUCAAAAGAAGUCAAAAGCAUAGACUGCCUUCAAGGAUAUCCUUUUGUCGCCGUAAAGUAUUGCCUCAGCAAGAGACAGCAGUCUUAGUCAGAGUAGAACGAAUAAAAACCUUAACAAAAGAAUCGAGACAUUAGUAUCUAAGUUUGACACUCACGAAAUAAUUCACAUAGAGGAUGGCAAUAAUCAGAAGUUCGAUCACAAAUACAUAGAAAAAAGUCUCACCUAGUUUAAGUCAAAUCUGAAUCUGGGGCAGAGAAAUAGGAAUAGAGAGAGAAAUCAUAAGUUUGAGACGCUAAAAGCUGAUUACAGUAAGAUGAUCAACCUUAAGAAACUUAAAACUACCAUCAUGCAAAAAUCAAAGCAACAAUAGUAGUAAUAUCAAACUAAUUCUCAAACUCAUUAAAUGUUCAACAAGUAGAACUGCAAGAUAGUUAACCAAACAACAAAGAAAGACUACUCGAAUGCUUCAACUGUCUUUUAAAAUGACUCAAAUUACAAGCCAAUCAAGACAAGGAAAAUAAGUCAUAUUGACACGUCCAUCACCCAAAAACUUAAUUUCACUUCCACUGUCUAAAACCUUAUGGUCAAACAGCAAAAUGCGAUUUAAGUCAAAGCCAUUCCAGUUUCAGUUAAAGCACAACCUCAUAAGAUCAACAUCGUGAGUAUUAACAUAGGUCCAGCUGAUGCAGCCACUUCUUAAAGCAGAUAAGUAAAGCUUUAACCCCUUACUUAGUCUACUCGAAACCUUAAAUCCUACAGUAAUCAGGAUUGGAGCGUUGAACGAGAGUCAAAGGGUCCCUAGAUAAUCGAGAGCUAAACUAGCAGGAAAUCCUCUAACUCUAGGACUAGCAAUAACAGAUUGACUGUCAAGGGUAUCUCAACUGCAGCUCUAGAUAAAAACAGCAUCAUCUUUAAUGCAGCUAGAACAGCCAGGAAAAGCUCUGAUUUUUAUAACGUCUAGCGUCUGUCAAAUAAUGCCUCGUUUGAUAAGGAUGCGCAUCCAAAUUUCUUUACAAGGCAGAGAGAGUCUGCGUCUAGAUCUAAUAGUGCCUAGAGUCGUAACCACAAUCAAUAAUAGUCAUCCACUUCAAUUCAACUUAAAGUGCAGCUGUAAAAAAUCAGAGAAUGCCUCAGAGAUCGAGCAUAGAUUAAUAAAGCAUUCACUCUUAUCUAGUAAAUAGACAAGAAAUACAAUAGCAGCGAUAAACUCGGCAGAUACUAUGAGGAAUAUCACUUAUUAAAGCAUGAAUACCUUUAUAAAAAGCAAAGAUAUUAGGAAGCUCUGAGUAUUUUAACUGAAAAUCUCAGAAAUACUGACACUCGCUACUAAAAGCUGAAAGUCUAUUAUAAAAUGGGAGAGACUUAAAAAGUGCUCGAAGAUAUUUAAAAGAUCCUAGUGCAUGAGCAGAGCAACUAAUUUCUCAUUUUCCAUGGUUACUAUAUGAGAGGCAAGAUUUACAUGCUCAAACAAGACUAUAAAAAUGCGAUACUAAACUUUAACAAUGCAUAGGUUAUAGAUGAAAACAGUUUAAAAAUAAAUGUAAUGAGAGCAAUAUGCCAGAUUCAAAGGUAGCAGAUAGAAAGAUCUAAGGAUGAUAUUUAAUCAUUUAUACAGUAACAAAUACAAUCAUCAGAUGUCAAAUACAUAGUGAAGCUACUCGACUAUCUAGAAAAACAUUAAGCUUUAAGAGAAAUUUUGUUGCAAAUACUUGACUUAUCUUAUGGCUUUGAUAAGAAUUCCUAUCAUUACAAUAAAUUUAUCAUUAGAAAGAGUUAGAUUAUGUAUAACAUCACCAAUGAUAGAGAUAUCCAGCUUCAGAUCUUGCAAGAUGAAAUUUAAAACUUUACAGAUGAUGUUUUACAGCAAUUGAUAUCAGUUAACUUCAAGUUGAAACAAAUAAAUAAAUGCUUAGAAUACAUUGAUAAAUUUCAAAACAAACAAUCGAAUGUCUAUUCUUACUGGAGUUCACUGAUUAAUUUCCACAAAAAAGACUUUAAAAACAUCAUUCAAGAUUUGAACUACCUACUCUUAACUAAAAAACCAUAGACUCUUACUGAGAAGUAAUACUUGAAAUCUUUAUCAAUCUUAAGUAAUGCUCUCUAUAACACAGCAAAGUUCGAUAAAGCAUUGAAGCCUCUAAAUAUCCUAAUCUAACACUUUGAAAUUAUCAUCCUCUAGGAGAAACAAAACAUAGCGAGUGGACUAUUCUCAAAUUCAGAGAUGAUUGAUGCUGAGGCUAAAAUUCAAAGAGGCUAUGAAAAACUUAGAGAUAUUUAUACAAUGAGAGGUAAGUCCUACUAGAAACUGCUUAAAUUUGAGGAGGCUGUGGCAGACUUUACCAAGCUUAUAGAUAAUGAGAUGCAGAACUGUAAAAAUAGGAAGUCACUUGCUUAAACACUGCUAUUAAGAGCGAUGAGUUUUGAGGAGGUAGGCCAAUAAGAUAGAGCCAUGGAAGAUAAGCAAAGAGCAAUUGAGUAAAUGAUUCUAUAAUGA